CUUUCUGGGUCCUAGAGCCAUCCACAUUGCCCAGAGACAGGGGGAAGGAAUAAGGUAGGGAGCUUCCUCUCUCUCAGAGUCAGCUCUGGUUUUUCCAACAGCAGCAAAAACAGAUCUGGUGGCAGUAGAAGACCCUGCGGGGCAAAACGGCAGAGGAACAUCGUGAGCUCCUUAGAUGCGGAUUUUGCUGUGCCCUGCGUUUCUUCCUUCUUGGCUUUCGAGACCUAAAUGUCUUGCCUGCAUCAUCACUGAUAAAUCCUGACCUAGCUAACUCGGUAUGCUGAGUGUGGUCCUGCCAAUUCUGGUGUGGGAGAUGUGGACUUGAGCUGCACUAUCGCCAACCCCAAGGAGACAAAAUGGCUGCGGUCCAAAAGAAGCGGUAACACUGCCUCUCUGUCUGAGCUGCCUUCGUGAGCAACCUGGCGAGAAGAAUGGAGGAGCCAAACCCAGCUCGUCCUAACCCAGGGGAGGGCUCAGGGACAGGGGCAGGGACAGGGACAGGGAAAUCUUCUCGGGCCAUUCAGGCUGGUGCUAUCAGUGAGUUUUUGAGGUGGGCCACGCCGCAGCAGGGUAGACUUGAGAGACAGGAAGGAAUGCCACCCCACGGAGAGGCCCACUGGCAGGAAAUCCUGAAGACAGUACAGUCGUCUCACUCGGGCUGGGCAGGUUCUCAGCUGCCGGAGUUGCCUCCCUGGGAUGACCUGUCCACUUUCGAGCGGAUGGCUGAUGCCUGCCAGUGGCCACGAGGAGAGGGCAUGGCCAGGCUCGUGCCAAACCUCAGCGGAGAAGCCCAGCAGGCCUUUAGCAGUCUAGAUGCCAGAGAGAGGGGUGACUAUGGGAAAGUGAAGGCCGCCAUCCUACGGGGGGACGUUGCGCAUGUGGAGAUGCAGCGCCAGCGCUUCCGGCAGUUCCGCUACCAGGAGGCCGAGGGGCCCCGCGAGGUGUGCAGCCAGUUGCGGGAGCUCUGCCAUCGCUGGUUGGAGCCGGAGAGCCGCACCAAGGAGCAGAUCUUGGAGCUGCUGAUCCUGGAGCAGUUCUUGACCAUCCUGCCAAAGGAAAUCCAGAACCGAGUCCGAGAACGUGGGCCAGAGACCUGUGCCCAGGCUGUAGCCCUGGCAGAAGGUUUCCUGCUGAGGCAGGAAGAGGGGGGGAAACGAGAACAGGACUCAGGGACACUCCAAGGAGGGCCAGCAAAUUGCUCUGAGGCUCAGUGGGCUCCAGUAAACACCAGGCCAAAGCAAAACUACAAAGAAACCAGGCAGCAGGAUAAUGGGAAUGCCGGCUCACUGGGUGCCAAGUUUUUGGGAAGAGCUGGUCAAUGUUUCCAGUGUCCAGACUGUGGGAAAAGGUUUAGGGGAGAGGAAGAGCUCCGAGCCCACAGUGGCAUCCACAGGAAGGACAGGCCUCAUGCCUGUGCUCAGUGUGGGAAGAGAUUCACCCGUCCAUCAGGCCUAGCCAAGCACUUAAAAACCCACUCAGGUGAGAAACCUUACCACUGUGGCCAGUGCCCCAAAAGCUUCAUCCAAAUGUCACACCUCACCAGACACCAGAGAAUCCACACUGGGGAAAAGCCCCACCCUUGUGCUGAAUGUGGGAAGCGCUUCAACUGCCCGUCGGACCUGGCCAAACACCAACACAUCCACACGGGUGAGAAACCUUUUCGCUGUGCGGAGUGUGGGGCGAGAUUCAACCAGUUUUCGCACCUCACAAGGCACCAGAGAAUCCACACUGGAGAGAAGCCCCACGCCUGUACUGAGUGCGGAGAAACCUUCAGCCAGCGGGCACAUCUUAUCAGCCACCAGCGCAUUCACACGGGAGAGAGGCCUUAUCGCUGUACCUACUGCCAGAAAUGUUUUAGCCACCUCUCGGCUCUUACGGUACACAAGAGGAUCCACAUGGGCCAAAGGCCCUAUGGCUGCCCUGAAUGUGGGAAAAGGUUCAUCGCCUCGUCAGCUCUAACUAGGCACCAGAGAACCCACUCUGAAGAAAGGCCUCACACUUGUGAUGAAUGUGGCAGGAGGUUCAACCAGCUCUCUCACCUUCAUAGGCACCGACGGACCCACUCAGGGGAAAGGCCCCACAGCUGUGCAGAGUGUGGGAAAAGGUUCAACCAGCUCUCCUCUCUCACCAGGCACCAGAAAAUCCACACAGGAGAGAAGCCUUAUCCCUGCGACGAGUGCGACAGGAGGUUCAUCCGGCUGGCAGACCUCAUAAUCCACCAGAGAAUCCACACGGGAGAGAAGCCCUAUCGCUGCACUGAGUGCGGGCGGAGGUUCCGACAGAGACAGACACUUGUCAAGCACCAGAGACUUCAUCCAAUAGCAAAUUCAUAAAAUAUAUAUAUACAUAUAACAAAAUGAAGCCUUUCUGCCUUUUGAUUUGUAUCCUGGAAAUAGAUUUUCUGACAUUUGAAAAAGUGGGAAAGAGAGAAAAGAAAAGCAUAAGUCCAGCAUCACAGUUUCUUCUGUCAUCUUAUCUAUUGCUUUUCUUUGUGCCCACCAAAGAAGGCGAUCUUUUCAGCAAUAGUAUUCAGACUUUUUAAACAAAGACAUUCUUCCAGGGAGAUUUUGUUUUCUGAACCCAAAGUGCAUACAUAUAUACACAUUCCUUCCCCUUUCUUGUUUAUCCCUCAUCAUCCAAAUGCCCAGUGCUGGCAGCCAAGUUGUCAUUAGGGCAGAGAAGCUAUUGGAUGUUGGAGGUUUCUCUCUGAAAUGUUCCACUGCCCUGAAGACAGUCAGAGCAAACCAAGGAUGUGUUAUUGUCAUGACAAUGAAUAUUUUAAUAUUGUGAAGGACAGGUGUCUUCUUACAUAAUCUGCAUAAGAGUUAAGAAAAUAGAGAAAGAUGAGGUUGACUCUUUUCUGUGUUGCUCUUUUCUGUACUAAGAUGGGUCUUCUGUGUUGUUAAUCCCAUUUUGUCCUUUCAUGUUCUCCCCUGACCUGACUCCUUAAUAUUGUGUAGAGUGGCAUUCUGUCUUCAACUGCUGCUUUUCAUAGUGGCUCACUUUCAGGUGAAUCCUUCUUUUCAGCUGCAAGUUUUAUUAUGAUUUUAUGUAGUCCUUUUCAGGUACAAACAGGCCUUACAGCAGUUUUGUGAAAUGGGCAAUUGAAAUCCAAGCUCCCCAAAGGUACCUAACUGCAUAUAGUGGACUAGACUGGUUCACAUUCUCUCUUAUUCUUUUAUCUCUCACACACACUGCCUCAUCACAGGCCUCAGCAGAAGUAAGUGAAGGAGUGAUCGAGGCAAAAUUAAUUUUCUUUUCUGUGUGCCAGUACUGCAGCUUGUGCUUGUGUCAUUCAGCAUCCUCCUUUGUUGGUGUCCUUGCCAUGGAGAACAUUUCCUUCUCAAAACUUGGAACACUCACACAGGACAAGCACCUAAUGGGCUGGAGCGUGAAAUCACAAGCCACAUGCCUUUGUCCUUCCCAAAGUGGCUUGUGUUUUACAUUAUCCCCACCAGAAGGAUGUACGGAUCUACCUCCAACUGAGUCUGUCUAAGCACUUACAUUUCACCUCCAGGUGUCAGGCCUCAGAUCCGGUUCUCAAGGUUCACUCCAAAUCUGGGGCUCAUGGGCAGGGUUUCCCUAUUUACCAAGCAUAUGCUCUGCCAUUGAGCUAAUGUCCUUUCUAGUCUCUGACCUGCCCUCAUAUUUGGCUCCCGUUUUGUGGUGGAUUGCAGGAAGGAAAGCCAUUGAUUCCAUUUACUCCAGUUCUUGCUGACUUUUCUGGUUCUCCAGGGAAAAUCUGAUUAGAAAAUUCUGCCUGUUGGCAGUACCUGCAACAGAAAUUUCAGCCCUUCUACUUCCCAACUGCUUCCAAAGCUACUAGGUGAAAAGAGAGCAAGGUGUCCAUUUAAGAAUGAGGUGGAGGCCCUUGACUAGGAAAGAAAGUUGAGGCUAAGAGAUGACAUUGUUGUGUUUUUUUCCUUUGGGAGAGCUGGGACAGAAGAGGCUUCUGGGCCUAAAAGUCAGGAUGAGAAAUCUGAUAUUCCUCCCCAGCCUUCUGGAUUCUUGCUGUUAAUCCUUGGAUAGGAAUACUUGUAGCUCCAAAGCGCAACAUCCUUAUAGGUUCUUUCCACAGAAGCAUUGCUGCCAGAAUGCAUGAAGGAGAAGCCCUACAUUUUGCUCAGCAUUGCUUUUGACUUUGUUUUAGAGUCCUAUGUUCAUUCUUCUUGAAUGCACCCUUCCUUCAACAUCCUUCUUGAAUGCACAGUUGCAGUAGAAUUCUAAUGAAUACUACCAAGAUGAAAAAUUAUCUAGAAUGCACAGCCUAUAAGGACUGGUUAUGUUUUGCCAAGAAAAUAGAUUUUUUAAAUUUCUCCAUUCUGGUGACAGUAGAAUGAAGAAGUACUAAAUGAAGAGUCCUCUAGAAACAAAGGGUCUGAGAGGUCCCCUUUUUUGUGGCACAGGUUAUCUUCCAGAUCCUCUCUCCUGCUUGGUUCUGCACCCCCUUUCAACUCCAGUAAGUUUUUCCCAACAAGAAAUGUUAUGCCCUCAAUUGGCUGCUCUUCUAAUUUAAAGUGUAUGUGGAGAAGGUUUUAUCCCAGAUGGAAAGUGGGGGACCAAAAUAUAGACGGUGUUGAAAUUUAUUUCAGACCUGUUUAACAAACACAAAAUAUAUAUCCCUUGAAUAUGUUUUUAAAUUUCCCCCCAGGAAAUAAUCAGUGAGGCUAUGAUCAGGCCAUGAUAUCCUGGUGACCAGAUUUGCCAGCAGACUGGCUAUUACAUUCAGUUUCAGCUUCAGCACACAAUGAAUCAUGUUUUGGGUUCUCUAAACUAGGCCCCCCCAAAUUUGGUGCAUCUGCUGCACAUGCCCACUAUAGGACACAUGAUUUUACCCCUAAAAUUCCUCCCAGAAAACUUGGAAAAGCCAAGUAUUCAACCUUGUUCAUGAGCUUCUUCUUCGUCUCCGUUCAGUUGUGUCCGACUCUCGGUCACUCUAUGGAUCAAUGCACUCCAUGCCAUCAUAUCUCAUACAGCUUCCUUCAAUUCCACCAUGGUCAUUCCGGUGCCAUCCUAUCUCGUACAGCUUCCUUUAAUUCCACCAUGGUCAUUCAUGAGCAUGCAGGACUUAAUUUGAGGCAGGACUCAUCAGUUUUCCAUAUCAAGGUUCAGCUUUGGGAUAUGCCAUAAUUAAGAAAGAAGGUAGUGCCUCUAGGAAUGUGUAGACUAGAGUUAAUUCCCCUGCAGCACUGAUUAACAAGAGCCUCCUUGGAUGUUGGUAGAAUAAGAAGGAAUGGCCUAUGAACAUCAGAGCUGCCUUUCUGAACAUCAGACUGCUAUCUCAGGCAGCAUUCUGCAUCCAAUGGUACCCAGUGAGAUGUCUCUGGGAAGCGUCUAAGCAUUGGCCAUGAAGUCACCCUCUUCUUUGCUUACUCAUCUGGAAUGAUUUCACUUCCAUGUCAAAGGAUUAGGUCUCCAGAUGUGUUUGUGCACCCAACUCUCUUGUUAGAAAUUAACAGAGGGAGUGGAGGAUGGCUGUGGUGCCUGGGAUUGUGGGUGCUGUUUGCGACUAAAAGGUGAUUCAGUCUGGAGUGCUGCCUUGCCAUCCCCCAUGAAAUGCCUGUCCACAUGUGCCCAAAAGAGAUCCAUUAUGAUACUUUGUAAAUAGCUGGAGAAUUAAAGAGGAAACUUCAGAGAACUGGCUAAUAUAGUACAAAACUGGGUGGAAAGAGAGGGAGUUCUCUCCUGAAAUACUUUAUGAGGUCGUGUUGAUUUGCUUAAGAAGCUUGUGAGACCCAAGUGAUAUGUGGGAGGAACUGGGGGCGGUUCACGGUCUUUGUUAGGAUGUAAGGCCUGAAUCACUUGCUGCAUUUCUGUGCUAUGUUUUAUUAAAGUACAAUUGGCCUAAUAAAGUAAAUUGCUUGGA